AGCCAUGUGAUGAUGUUAUAUCUCACUUGUAAAUCCUCCGGGCCGCAAGCGGGCCGAGUCCGGCAAUGCAGGAUGCAAGGCUGUCUGCAUCCCACUACAUAUAUUAAGACGCGGUCGUAAGCUUGCUUGAGAAACCCCGCUCAGAGAAGCUCGCUCACUAAGCCUCUUCAGCAUCACAUUCUCAUCAUGGGUGACGCCAGCGAACCAAAUUCCCCUUCGCUGCUGCUAGUAUUGCAGCAAACCCGGGAUGUCGUCCUCUCCGAGGCAGACACAUACGCAUUGCCGACCCUAGGAAAUCUGCUUACCCAGCUGGUGCGAGUGGUCGAUGCACUUCGAGCGCAGGACCACCCCCGGGAGGCCAAUGCCCUCACCGAUGUCCUCGCGAUCAGCCAACAACCCACGGAGAUGGGAGGACUCGGUCUAUCCGAAGCGGACACUCUGACACCCGAGCAGGAAGCUGAAAUCACCUUCCUGGUGACGGCAUGGCUCGAAGCUUUGAACUCAGCCGAUCGCGCCAGGGCACCGCCCGUUCCGCUCGCGGUCCGACCCCCCGGUCGACGUGGCAUGACGCUGAGUGAGAAGAUCUUUGCGCUUCACGACCUUGGCCGGAAGGGAUCCGUGGCGCCUGGGGAGUUGAUCCGGGUGGACGUCGACUGGGUUAUAGCUUCUGAGGCAUCAUGGCAGGGCAUGGAACGAACGUAUGAGACUCUCGGAAAACCUGGAAUCUACCGGAAUGACCGGUUCUGGCUGGCGGGAGAUCAUGUUGUGGACCCUCGUGUGAAUGAGGUCCCCAAAGUUAAGGCAUUGAUUGACGCCAGUGAGAGGGCCAAGCGUGUCUUCAAAAUGACCGACUAUCAGGGCAUGAACUAUACUAUUCUUCAUACCGAGUUCUACCGCGAGCGAGCCCAGCCGGGUAUGGUGGUCGUGGGCUCCGAUUCCCACACCUGCUCGUCCGGAGCAUUAGGCUGCUUGGCCAUCGGGUUGGGCGCAGCCGAUGUGACCCUUCCGUUGGUCACCGGAGAGACCUGGUUCAAAGUGCCCGAAUCGGUCAACAUUCGUCUCGUCGGUGCUCCCAAGCCUGGAAUUGGAGGCAAGGACACGAUCUUGUACAUCCUGCAACAACUGAAGCGAAACACCGUGGCCGCAGACCGGAUUGUCGAGUUCACCGGCCCAGGUGUGAAACAUCUUUCAUGCGAUGCUCGGUUUGCCAUUAGCAACAUGACUACAGAAUUUGGCGGAAUUACCGGUGUUUUUGUGCCUGAUCAAAUUACAGAAGAAUUCAUCCAGAAGCGACGUCUGCCCCGACACAAAAACACCAGCGUCUACUUCAAACCCGAUGAUGACGCCGAGUACGCCGAGACCCAUGAGAUAGACCUUGGCGAGGUGCGAUCUUUCCUGGCCAAAUACCCCAACCCUGACGAUGUCGUUCCUGUCACCGAGCAGGAAGGCAUGCAUCUAGAUGGAUGCUUUAUUGGUGCUUGCACCACUGCCGAAGAGGAUCUGAUUCUCGGUGCUCUCGUGCUGGAACAAGGGCUCAAGAAUGGCUUGAAGCCAGUUUCUCGCGGAAAGAGAAAAGUUGUUCCGGGCUCAGUGCCCAUCCUUCACAGACUCCGUGAGCUUGGGCUUGCGCAGAUCUACGAGGAUGCUGGAUUUGAGAUCGGCAUUCCGGGAUGCAGCUACUGUGUCGGAAUGUCAGCUGAUCAGGCUGGACCUGGAGAAGUCUGGAUUUCUUCCCAGAACCGCAACUUUGAGAACCGUAUGGGCAAAGGCUCUAUCGGAAAUCUUGCGUCAGCUGCCACAGUUGCGGCAUCGUCUUUCGAGAUGAAGCUGAAAGAUCCACAUGAAUACCUCGCAGCCAUCGAUCUCGACAGAUGGCAUACCCUCCGCGGUGUUUCUGUGUCUGCAACAGACUCCACACAAGAACACAUCUCCUAUAUGGAACCUAGUGGCUCCGCGACUGCGGAGGCAAAAGCUGUUGACUCACCAGACGUCAAGGUAACAGAGGCGGAUACUUCAGAGACAGCAGAUAGCUCUUCGUCCGACGUCAUGACAGGCAAAGUUCAGCGACUGGGCGAUUUUAUUGAUACCGAUGCUUUGGCCCCAGCCCAGUUUCUCAUCGGCAUGUCAAACAAUAAGAUCGCAGGCGAGCACUGCCUCGAGCACACCCACCCCGAGUUUCGGCAGCGCGUGAAAGACGGCUUCAACAUCGUCGUGGCAGGCAAAGCAUUCGGAUGUGGAUCGUCCCGCGAACAAGCGGUCAUGGCGCUGUUAGGCUGCGGCGUCCAAUGUGUGAUUGCCAAGUCAUACUCAUUCAUCUUCCAGCGCAACAUGCCCAGUCUUGGUCUUUUGGGCAUCACACUGACCGACGAGGAGUUUUACGACGCGGCUCAAGACGGCAACGAGAUUUCCAUCGACUUCAAGACCAAGGUGAUCAACGUGGAUGGGAAGCAAUACGCUUUCCAGUUGAGUCAGAUGGAGCGGGAACUCUUUCAGCAUGGCGGAAUCGCGUCGGCAUUCCAGAAAUUUGGAAACCGGCUGUUCGAGCAGAUGACCAGACCGAAGAAUCUGGGGGGUGCCAAGUCCCUUGCGCUGCGUGGAAGUGGGGAGAGUGCUGGUCCGCAUGCAGGAUUGCAGUGGUAGUAGCCUACUUAGUAUCGUGAAG